AUGUCUCAUCGUAAGUUCUCUGCACCUCGCCAUGGAUCUAUGGCAUUCUACCCCAAGAAGCGUGCACAACGCCAUCGUGGAAAGGUUAAGGCUUUCCCUAAGGAUGAUCCAACCAAGCCAGUUCAUUUGACUUGUUUCAUGUCUUAUAAAGCUGGAAUGACUCACAUUGUUCGUGAAGCUGAUCGUCCUGGAUCAAAAAUCAAUAAGAAAGAAGUUGUCGAAGCUGUGACAAUUUUGGAAACUCCUCCAAUUGUCGUUGUCGGUGCUGUUGGCUACAUUGAAACUCCUCAUGGACCACGCGCUUUAGUCAAUGUAUGGGCCCAACAUUUGUCUGAAGAAUGCCGUCGUCGCUUCUACAAGAACUGGUAUUCAUGCAAGAAGAAGGCUUUCACUAAAGCCAGCAAGAAAUGGACCGAUGAUUUGGGCAAGAAAUCCAUCGAAGAUAAUUUCAACAAGAUGAUUCGUUACUGCAAAGUCGUUCGAAUCUUGGUUCAUUCUCAAGUAAGUGAAUUUAAUUUUAAUUACUAUUCGACAUCACCUGAUCCGAACUGCAUUCGUUUGAUCAAGCAAGGACAAAAGAAGGCCCACAUUAUGGAAAUCCAACUUAACGGUGGAACCAUCGAAGACAAAGUGAAAUGGGUGAAAGAACACUUGGAAAAGACAAUUCCAGUGUCUCAAGUCUUUGCUCAAGAUGAAAUGGUUGAUUGUGUUGCUGUCACCAAGGGUAAAGGAUUCAAGGGUGUCACAAGCCGUUGGCACACAAAGAAACUUCCUCGUAAGACUCACAAAGGUUUGCGUAAAGUUGCUUGUAUUGGAGCUUGGCAUCCAUCUCGUGUCGCCUUUACUGUUGCUCGUGCUGGUCAGAAGGGUUAUCAUCAUCGUACCGAGAUCAACAAGAAGAUUUACCGCAUCGGUGCUGGCAUCCAUACCAAGGAUGGAAAGAUUGUCAAGAACAAUGCAUCGACCCAAUAUGACAUCACUGAUAAGUCGAUCACUCCAAUGGGAGGUUUCCCAUUCUAUGGUGAAGUCAACAAUGAUUUCUUGAUGAUCAAAGGAUGUUGCAUUGGAGCUAAGAAGCGUAUCAUUACAUUGAGAAAGUCCUUGUUGGUGCACACUAAACGUUCAGCUUUGGAAACUAUCAACUUGAAGUUCAUCGAUACCAGCUCGAAAUUGGGACAUGGACGAUUCCAAACAUCCGGUAUUAGGGGAAAAGGAUUCAGGGGUGUCAAAAGCCGUUGGCACACAAAGAAACUUCCUCGUAAGACUCACAAAGGAUUGCGUAAAGUUGCUUGUAUUGGAGCUUGGCAUCCAUCUCGUGUCGCCUUUACUGUUGCUCGUGCUGGUCAGAAGGGUUAUCAUCAUCGUACCGAGAUCAACAAGAAGAUUUACCGCAUCGGUGCUGGCAUCCAUACCAAGGAUGGAAAGAUUGUCAAGAACAAUGCAUCGACCCAAUAUGACAUCACUGAUAAGUCGAUCACUCCAAUGGGAGGUUUCCCAUUCUAUGGUGAAGUCAACAAUGAUUUCUUGAUGAUCAAAGGAUGUUGCAUUGGAGCUAAGAAGCGCAUCAUUACAUUGAGAAAGUCCUUGUUGGUGCACACUAAACGUUCAGCUUUGGAAACUAUCAACUUGAAGUUCAUCGAUACCAGCUCGAAAUUGGGACAUGGACGAUUCCAAACAUCAGGUGACAAGAGCACUUUCAUGGGAGCUCUUAAGAAAGAUCGCAUUCGUGAAGAGAAAGCACAAGCUGCCGCUGCUGCUGCUAAGAAGUAAAACAAUUCUCAACAUGGAGAAAGAAAAAUAAUGAAAAUUUGUUCUUGAAACAAUAAAAUGAAAGAAUAAAAUUCAUUUGAAUAAGAUAAAA